AUGAAAUCGAUGAGCUGUGCUCGAGGAAAAGGCCAUACUUCCUGCUCCCCUCCUCCUCCUCCUGGGAACGGCUUGGAUCACCGGGGGAUGCUCUUGCUGAUCUCUCUGGGGUUUGUGACACUUGCAUCAUCGUGCUUGACAGCUGUCUCUCUUUACCAUGUUAUUGCGUUAAAAGCAGAACUUGCCCUUCUGAGCAGCAAGUUGAACUGCAGGGUCCAGUCAAGGACCUCGUUCCCCAUGUCGCUGGGGACUCUGGACCGGAUCCAAGAGCCCAGGGACCUCAUUCCCCGCUUGAAGGUGGUCGAAGCAGCUUCUCACCAGGGGAUCUCAUCUGGCUUGCAUCAAAACAGUCCAGAGAUAAUGUGGAGCAGAAACAGAAGGAAAAGGUCUCCAUCACAUGUCGGCGAAGCAGACGAUUCAAGUAUAGUUCCGUGGCUGCUUAGCUUUAAAAGAGGAACAGCCCUGCAAGAACAAGGGAAUAAAAUACUAGUUAGAGAGACUGGCUACUUUUUCAUAUAUGGCCAGGUUUUAUACACGGAUGAGCUGUUUGUGAUGGGUCACUUAAUCCAGAGGAAGAAAGCCAACGUGGUCGGCGACGACCUCAGUUUGGUGACAUUAUUUCGUUGCAUCCAAAACAUGCCUCAGGCAAAUCCAAACAACUCUUGCUACACUGCUG